AUUGGACAGGACAAUUUUUUAGCACUUUCCUAGCACAUGUUUCAACUUGCUCCAACAUGCCACCAAAGAGAUCUAGGAAACCUACUACAAGGUACAACCAGGACAAUACUAGUGAUCUACUCUCAGAGAAAAUCCUCACCAAAAAUGUUACUGUGGUGUGCAACCAGACAAACAAACAAGUUGCACUCCGUGAAAGCUUAUAAGCUAAGCCUAGAAGAUGGAGACAUCAAAGAAAACGACUUUGUAAGAGGAAAGCAGCUAAUGCUGGAAGACAAAAACAAUCACUACCCUGUGACAUUUUUGUCAAUUGACGAAAGUAAGAAGAAGCAGGUAAAGAAGGCGAGACUUGUGAGCGACAGUGAAGAAGAAAAUUGUGCAUCCCCCACACAGAUUUCAGGCUCAGAAAAUGAAUAUGAUCCAAAUCCAUUUUCUGAUGAUGAAGCUAAAGAAAAGAAGAUGAAGAAAGGAAAGUGUAGGAGGAAUGAUGAGAAGCGUAGGAAAGAGCGUAGGAGAAAAGAAGAGAGAGAAGAGGAGCGUAAGAAAGAAGAGGAGCGUAGGAGAGAGAGAAGAGAUUCUGAAGCGAGAGAGCGAGAGAGACAGAAUGACGCACUAAAGCAGGAAAAAUCUGAGUUGAUGGAUCACAGUUCUCAAUCGCAGAAUUGUUCUGGACUGUCUCAGGCACAAACUGUGAACCUCGAUAAGAGACUUCUGAAGUUGGAGGAAGGGUUGGCAACGACUAUCCGCAUAUUAAGACGGCUAGAAAAGGGUGGGGGAACUGGGAGGACCAUUGACACCACCCUGAGCGAUCAGGUGCAGGAGGAUCCUAAGGAGGAUCUUAAGUACACGGACUAUUUAGCGUAUGGACGACUCCUUUUAAGCCAUCUCUUCACUAAGGAGGACCACAAGACUCAUGGGAACAAGUCUAUAAAACCCACCCUAGACCCAGAGAGGGUGCAGCGUCUAUAUGAUUGUAUGGACUUCAAAUACAGAGGUUAUGACAGAGUGAAACUCAUAGCAAGUCUAAAUCAAAAAUGCCGAGAUGUUAAGACAAUAAUUAUACAGUGAAACUGGCUACAUGUACUACUUAUUUAUAUAAUUUCAGUUUUGUUUCUGUGACAUGAUUUAUUUACAAUUUGAUCCCUUA